GAUGUCAUUUCCGCACGAACUGCGCGCAACUGUUGCGCAGAAAACGUUUCGUCAACCAUAAAUUUCCUGGUGUACAGAUUCUGCUAGAAAGUGAAACGCUGUGAUCAAGAGAUAGGCUUUAAUAGCAAUAACAUCUGUGAUCGUCAUGUCGGUAUUGAAUCAGAGUGGAGAGGAGCAGGUUGAAUGCCCACUGUGCAUGGAACCACUUGAGGUUGAUGACCUCAAUUUCUUUCCCUGCACAUGUGGCUAUCAGAUAUGUCGUUUCUGCUGGCACCGAAUCCGGACAGAUGAAAAUGGUCUGUGUCCCGCUUGUCGUAAGGCAUAUCCAGAGAACCCGGCAGAUUUCAAGCCGCUAUCCCAGGAGGAAGUGGCUCGUCUGAAGGCAGAAAAGAGGCACAAAGACCAACAAAGAAAGCAGAAGAUCACGGAGAAUCGUAAACAUCUUGCCAAUGUCCGCGUCGUGCAACGAAAUCUUGUUUUUGUUGUUGGGCUUCCGAUGAGGCUGGCAGAUGCAGAGGUUCUGAAGAAACAUGAGUACUUUGGCAAGUUUGGCAAGAUACACAAAGUUGUCAUCAACCAGAGCACCUCCUAUGCUGGUUCUCAGGGACCGAGCGCAAGUGCUUACGUAACAUAUCACAAGGCGGAUGAUGCGUUGCGAGCGAUACAGGCAGUGAAUAAUAUCUCAGUUGAUGGGCGGACUGUUAAAACCUCUCUGGGAACAACAAAAUAUUGCUCUCAUUUCAUGAAGAACCAGCCAUGCCCCAAGCCAGACUGCAUGUACUUACAUGACCUGGGAGAUACAGAGGCAAGUUUUACGAAGGAGGAGAUGCAGCAAGGUAAACACCAAGAAUAUGAGAAGAAAUUGCAUGAACAGCUGCUCAAUACGUAUAACCACAGUUCUGUAAGCAGAGAUAGGAAACCAACGCCAUCGCCUCCAGCUGUUGCUUCCAGUAUUUCGAGCUGUCAGAAUGUGUAUCAGGGAAGUGGCCCUAGUGCAAGUUGUAGUGGUACCAGUUCAGGCUCAAAUUCCACAACUUGUGUUCAGGGCAGUCAGUCUUGUAAUAAGGAAGCGUGGCCUUCGCUGCAAACAGGUCUGACAGCUAAUAGCAACAGUAAUGGUAAUAAUUUUGGUUUAUCACCGGGUGGAAGUGGAAAUACCAGCUACAGUAACAGCAAUAAUAGUUCAAAAGUUGAAGUUAGUCAAAGAAGGCAAAGGUUUGAUCAGCAGCCAACAAAAGUUACUAAUAAUAUUCACAAGAAGAGGCAUUCGUCAGGAGAAGAGAAUAAAGGGUCUACAACAGACUGGCCAAUAAAUGGCCUUACUUUAACGCACAUGCCAGAUGUUCUGCCACCCGUUCACUCGUCAGAAGAUUGGCAAGCGGCGUUUGGUUUUUCCAACUCUACAAAUUCACUGAAUUCUCAACACCAGGAGAAUAACUGUAUUGUCGUCAUGUCUAACAACCAGCAAAUCCAGUCAGAUUCCUCUGGUCUAAGUUCAAAGGCAGAGAGUUGCAGUGUUGAUCAUGGUUUUGAUUCAAAUGAACAUCAGUCUCAGAAUUUCAAAAACAAUCUUGAGAGUAAAUCGUCUUUGGUAGAAGGUGUGGUUGCUCAUUCUGUAGGUGGGACUCAACAAAUGUUUCCACAUUCGCCACCGUUUGUUCACCAAGAUGCAACCAUAUUAAUGAUGCACCACCAUCAAUUCCCUGUUCCCAACCUCGUGAACCAUAUUGCAGGAUCACAACAUAUGAUUACGAAUGGACUACCACCUUCACAGGCAACCAGUAAAUUUCUUACAGAGUUUCAUUUGAGGCAGCAACAAAAUCAGAACUUAAUGCAGCAAGUAAGUUUGCAAUCUCAGCCACAUUCACACCUCCAUAAUCAUUCUACUGUUCAUGAUGACAAUUUUGUUGGCGAAAACAAAAGCAACUUAACAAAUAUGUCUUCCUCUGGGGGCAAAUUCAGCAUGUUAGGUGGUUCUGAUUUCAAUAUUUCAACAGGAAAUGGUGGGGGUGAGUGUAAAGUGAAUAGUGAAACUAAACUUCUUAACGGUGGAGACUUUGUAGACGGUGAUUUGGACAAUUCAGGUGAAGAAAAGUACCUUUCAGGUUUGCUUAACAAUCAGCAAAAGAAUAUGGAACCAAGUAUUGAGGUGCAGUACAAAAACAUGGACAGAAAUUCUGAGAAUGUUAUCACUGACCCACCAGAAAACAGCGAAGAAAUAUCCACAAAAGAUAGUGGUCGGUUAACAGAUGAUGACCUUGGAUUUGAUCCUUUCCACGAGACUCAAAAGGCCUUGGCAGAGAUGAUGGAGAAGGAGAGUAUGAUGCUUACGAUGCAAGACCAGCAGAACAAACAACAGCAUCCGCAUGGUUUCUUAAGUCAGGCGCAUCUUCAUAACCAGCACGGCACCAUGAGCCACUUGUCACAUCACCUUUACCAACUGAAUCACGUGAACCACUUCAACCAUCAGGUCCCACACACGUCUGUUUUUAGUGGCAGCAAACUUCUGGGUUCAUUCAGCAGUCACAGUCAGCAACACAUAAUGCCACAGCAGAAUCACAGGUUGCCUCCCAAUGUGCCUGGAUGUGCAAAAUUGUUGGAUGGUUUGGGACUCGGGCCUUCACAUGUAACGCCGAUGGGACCUUCGGCCCCUACAAGAACCCGAUUGCCACCUCCAGGUUUUACAACUGCUCCAAACCACAUGAAUGCUUUUGGUCUUGGUAUUCCAAGAGCACCAUCAAAUAACAGUAGCAAAAUUCUUCCCUUCAUGGGUCUUGGAAACAAUUCAUCAAAUAAUGGUUCCUCAUCUCCAAUUCCUCAAACCAUGUCCAGUCUCCCUAAUAAUUUUGUACACUCCACUUCAUUAAAUCCUCCACAGGGAACAAACCAGCAGUCGAUCUUAUUUCCUUCAAAUGGAAAUUAUAGUACUACAAAUAAUCACGCUUUUAGUCUGCAAAAUGGUGAUAUCAUCAACACUGGUGUUCCUAAGGCAGCAACUGAAUCUUUCACUGUGAAGGAGUGGCCUGAGAACUUGAGAUCUCUGCUGCCAAACUUGAAUAAUGGUUCACACAAUCAGGGUGUGCAAUUUGCAGGCACCAACACUCCUCCACCCCCUCCUGUUUUUGGUGCCCCUCACACACCCAUUCAAGGAAACACAGAAAAGGGUUGGAGUGGAGUUGGACCUUGCACAGAUUGGACAGCUCUGGACCCAGCAAUUGUAUCCAGUUCUCGCCCACAUAACUUCCUUGUAGCCACGUCCUCAACGAAUCACCACCCACCCGUCAAUCCAUCUGCAAAUCCUGGUCUUCAUCUUAUACACAAUACAAAUACAAUCCUUCAGCAUCAUAAACUACCUGUGGACCAGCAGAACACAGCCAUGUCAAGUGCAAACCCGCCAUCAGCAUCUGUAGUCAUGCCACAUCUGAAUCAGUUUCAACAUAAUAAUGUAGGUCACUGGUUGAGGUCAUUAUCAUCCGAAGAAAGUGGUUGUGUUUUCUACAGCUCAAAUGUUCUGGGUGGUAGCUCAGCGGAUUGGGCUGCCGGCGGUAAUCAUUCGGGCAACGAAAACGGACAGCAGCAACAGAAUCAUGUUUUCUACAGCUCAGAUGUUAUUGGUGGUGGCUCAGCGGAUUGGGCUGGCACCAGUAAUCAUUUGGGCAGUGUGAGUGGACAGCAGCAACAGAAUCAUGUGGUUGGAUCAGCGAACUCAGGUUCAGUAAUGAUGACAGCGCCACCGCCGCCUGGUUUCUCUUCUAUGAGGCUUGCAGCCAUACAGCAGACGUCAGCCACUGCCAACUGUAUACAGAAGAAGCAGAGCUCUGUGGUAAACACAGAAAUUGGGAACACUGAAAUUUCAGAUGCCAAUCAGACAGAAGGUGGAAGCAAGGAAGAGGACAGAAUUGAAGACUUGAGAUGAUGGAAGUCAGAGAGCAAGGAACUGACAAGGCACUGUAAAAUUAAGGAUCUAUAAUCAGACUCCCACAGAAGUAAAUUUCAACACCAGCUCCCUUCUAGGAGUAACAUACGAAAAUGGUACGAAAAUUAUGUAAUAAAAUAAUUGGUUUUCCAAUACUUUUCUUCGUAAAAAAACUUAUAUCAGCAGCCUGACUACUACUACUAAUUUAAUGUAAAUGUGUAUCAGUUUAUAUUUCUUAAUGCUUUUAAGCAGAAAGAAAUUGAUGAAGCUGGCACUGAGCCGAUACUAUUGAUUGACUUUGCAUUUUCUUUAAUAUACAUUUAAAACAGUAACUAUACAUUUGCAGAACCAUUUAAUUUGUGAUAAUGGUUCACUGAACUUAAAAUCUGUCUUUAUGCAGUAACAGAGGGAAUAAGAAGGAGACAGUGUACUUGAAGUUUUUUUUUUUUUUUGUGGGGGGGGGGGGCGUGAAAUUGUCAGAUAUUGAUAUAAGUUAUUUUGCUUAUUUUGUCAUGUGGCAGGUAUUGUAUGUGGAUGUGGUUCUAAAAAGCCUACAAUUUAACUUAUUUUUGUAUGUAUUUUGGUAUGGCUUUUUGGGAAAUACUCAAGUUUUCUUUUGUCAGAAUUGGAUUAGAAUUUUGAGUGAUUCAAAUACUGAAGAGAACUGAGUAUAGGGUACACUGACAAUGUAAUAAAUGAAAUGUGGAUUCCAAAGGAAUUUUGUUCCAUCCUGGCAUAAAACUUUAUUUCAUAUAUAGAAGUAUGGCAGACUAACAGUAAUAUCUAAGGACAAGAUAAGACAUCAGAAGCAUUUUCUUCUUAUGAAAUUUGUUUAUCAAAACAUUGAGAUCAUUGAUUUAUUGUGUCAGAAGUACUUUUUUAUUUUAUUCCUCUGCCAUCUAAUAUGUACUUCUGUUUACUGAAUGGUGCUGGUUUUUUCAUUACUUAUGCUUAAAAGUGAAAUGUUUUGAUAUCAUUAUUUUGCAAUAGUUAUUUGAGGUCAGAGGUGAUGACCUACAGGAAACUUGUGUAUUGAAUUUCAGUGAUGCUAUUUUUUUCUGCAUGUUGCAAAUAACUGGUCAUUUUCGUUUUUAAAUAAUGAGUGUCCUGUUGUGUUGCAUAUGUGACUGGGAUGCUCGAUGGGAUUUCAGAACUCUACAUGUAUGAAAGCUGCAAGUUAUGGUCCAUUUCAGAUAUAUAAAGGUAAUAUGUGCUCUGCUUCCUUAAAGUGUAGGUUAUCAAUUUGCCCCAUAAUUUUUCUCUAGACUACAGGGAAAAUGUAAACGUAAGAAAGAGGUGAAUAAAGAGAAACUAUGUUGGUUUUCCCUAUGUAUAAAAGAAAUGAACGAAAAUAAACACGAAGUUUAAAGUCAG